GUGACGCCCUCCGCUGCGUGCGCGCCGCCGCGGCGCUGCUGCUUCUGGCGGAAGAUGGCGGAUCUCGGGGAGUGAGAGCGGGAGUCGCCGGGAGGCCAGCGGCGGAAACACGGAAGCGCCGGAGGGGCACGGCAUCUAUCGGAAGCGGCGACCCUUAGCGCGCACAACAGCCGGCGCCAGGGGGAGGGGUAGCGAGCUCGGCCGAGUGGCAUGAGAUGGCCAGCUCAUCAGACAGUGAGGAUGACAGUUUUAUUGCCAUGGACACAGAAGAAGUACUGGAUGGACCCAUGGAGCAGGACGAAGAAGCUCACGUUGAAUUAGAAGUUGAGGAACUGAGGCAUAACCGCUCAAUGUUAGAAUUGCCUGAGGAGGUGCUGGAAUACAUCUUGUCCUUUUUGUCUCCAUAUCAAGAGCACAAAACAGCUGCUCUUGUUUGUAAACAGUGGUAUCGACUCAUUAAAGGUGUGGCUCACCAGUGUUAUCAUGGUUUUAUAAAAGCUGUUCAGGGAGGAUAUAUUCAAUGGGAGAGCCGAACCUAUCCAUAUCCUGGGACUCCAAUUACCCAGCGCUUUUCGCACAGUGCUUGUUACUAUGAUGCCAACCAGUCUAUGUACGUCUUUGGGGGUUGCACUCAAAGCAGUUGUAAUGCAGCGUUCAAUGACCUCUGGCGGCUUGACCUCAAUAGCAAAGAAUGGAUCCGACCUCUGGCUUCAGGUUCCUAUCCAUCUCCAAAGGCUGGAGCUACAUUAGUUGUCUACAAGGAUCUUCUGGUGCUAUUUGGGGGUUGGACUAGGCCAAGUCCCUACCCUCUGCACCAACCUGAAAGGUUUUUUGAUGAAAUACAUACUUACUCACCUUCCAAAAACUGGUGGAACUGUAUUGUUACAACUCACGGACCCCCUCCAAUGGCUGGCCACUCAUCUUCUGUAAUAGGAGAUAAAAUGAUUGUAUUCGGAGGUUCAUUAGGCUCUCGACAGAUGAGCAAUGAGGUCUGGAUUUUGGAUUUGGAGCAAUGGGCCUGGUCUAAACCAGCAACUUCGGGUAAUGUGCCUCAUCCGAGGGGUGGACAGUCCCAGAUUAUUAUUGAUCAUGAAACUAUUCUGAUCCUGGGAGGUUGUGGAGGACCCAAUGCACUGUUUAAAGAUGCAUGGCUGCUACACAUGAACGUGACCCCUUGGACGUGGCAACAGCUAAAAGUGGAGAAUGAGGAGCAUGGAGCACCUGAGUUAUGGUGCCAUCCAGCCUGUAGGGUUGGUCAAUGUGUAGUAGUGUUCAGCCAGGCUCCCAGUGGUAGAGCCCCUCUGAGUCCCAGCUUACAUUCCCGGCCAUCUCCUAUCAGUGCCACACCUCCGGCCCUUGGCGCAGAAAUAAGAGAGCAUCGUUCACAAUCCCCUGUACGGAGUACUGAUGAAGUUCCCUGUGUGAAUGGACGCUGGGGCACGUUGAGGCCAAGGACACACAGACCAGCUGCAUCCAGUUCUCGGGAAGGCAGUCUAUCUCCAGCAAAAGGAGAAAGGUCUCCAGUGUUAAAUGGUGGAACAUUAUCCCCAGUAUCCUUAUCUGGUUCUUUGGAUAGCCCAGUGCAGCCAGGAUCCCCUAUCCCAUCAUCUGUGGUCGAAGCAUAUGAUCUUCGAGGUUCAAUUGGAGGACUUCCACAUGUCAUGAGACAAAGCACAGCAGUGGAACAGAAGGCUGAGUCAGGAUUAGAUUCAUAUAGGUCCCAGGAUUUGGUAAAUUGGGAUUCAAAACCCUCUUCUAGCCAUGGUGUAGAAGAUAAUGGGACAAGUCCAGGAACUGAGAUUACUGUUUCAGAGCAAACAAAUGGAAUUCACACACCACCUCAUGUCGUGACUGCUUCUCCAGGCCCAGUUUCACCAGGAGCACUCCGAAGAGGGCUGGAGGCAGUGAGGGAUUUCUUACCGCAAAGUUCGAUAUCUGUCGUGCCAGCAAGCUCAAGUUCGGCUCCUUCAUCUGUGUUGCCCGCAAAUCAUGGUCAAAGUUCAAACAGUACUGAUGUACCACUGCGCCCCGCACCUGCCCAGGCAGAUGGACAUGCUCUGCCACCAAUUGCACGUCGAUUAGGCCACCACCCACCUCAGUCUCUAAAUGUAGGCAAGCCCUUAUACCAGAGCAUGAACUGCAAGCCAAUGCAAAUGUAUGUGUUGGAUAUAAAGGAUGCAAAAGAGAAGGGAAAAGUUAGUUGGAAAAUUUUCAACAGUGGCUCAGUCGUAGGCCCACCGGAAACCAGCCUCCACACAGUUGUGCAAGGAAGGGGAGAACUGAUAAUUUUUGGAGGACUGAUGGACAAGAAACAGAAUGUGAAGUACUAUCCAAAAACCAAUGCAUUGUAUUUUGUGCGAGCUAAGAGAUAAUGCACCGCCUGCAGGUAUUUCACAUUACCUGACGCACACCCAUAAGCUGUGAAUUUAAAAAAAAAGAUUUAUCUGUAAAACUACUCUGGAAGUGGUUUAAAGUUUGCUAGUUAAAACACAAAUUUUACUCCAUUCCAGUGAAUUGGUUAUAUUCAGACUUAUCUAUCUUAAUUUGACUCUCGCUAUGUUCUCGAAAGCUUCUGCUGCUUUCAAUACUGAUUGGAUAAAGAAGUGGUGCGUGAACACUUCCACCUGUUGCGGUAACUUGUGUGGUAUGCUACAAGUUAGCAAACUUGCUUUAGCUAGGUGAGAUCUUACUAUAAACAACUGCCGUUGCAUUGGCAGGGCACAGUGAGUCUGCAGGAGUAUGUCGUGCCUUGUUUGAAGUUUCAACUUCAAACAGGAGGAAAUGCCCAGUUCACUAAUAUGGGCAAUUUUGUAAUUCAGUAAUUUGGUUGCAAACUUCAGUCUGUCCUGUGACAUUUCUUUACCAAAUCAGCUAAUUGACAUAAACCAUUAUUCCAAGGAUUGCACAUGCUGACCCCAAAGCCAGUUGAGUUGACACAUACAUACAGGUCCGUGAAAGGUGUUGUAAAGCAUUUCAGUUUUCUUUUAUUGCAGUUUGUCACUUAAUUUAUUUUUUAAAGAGAAACAGUGUAGGUAGUUUAUUAAGAGAAAAGUUUAAGUAUGGGCUCAAUUAUUGUACUCAUUCCUCUCCAGAAGUCUUGAGGUAUAUUUACCCAGCUGAACAUUGAAUAGCUCAUAACUUCUUGUACUUUUCCAUGUUGGGAGGAAAACACUAAACCUCAUUGCUUACAAGGACAUCUGUGUAUCUAUCCUAUUAUUACUGGGAGACAGAAAACCAAGCAAUAUUAGUGUUCCUAAUGAAGAUGCAAAAUUGCCGUACAGCCGAGUCUACUGCCACCCAUUAGGAUAAAUUCAAGAUAAAAGGAGGCCUUCUUUGUUACUGACUGAGUGUGAUAAUAUUCAGUUAGAUUGUGCAGAAAUUCAAUGUUAUAUUAAAGUCUGUCAUGGUAAACUUUUAUUUCAGUUCAGAUAGAACAGAAACUAUUGUUUCUGUAUUUUUAAAUAUCAGAGAGCUAGUUGGUUCAGCCGUCUUUGGGAGCAUUUCCCAUUCUGCUGAUGUCAAUUAACUUAUCAGUGUCAUAAAUAUUCAUUAGGAGAUUACUUUUUCUUUUGUGAAAUGUAUUUUACUUUUUGACUUCUUUCUGUUUUUCAAUUAUAGCUAUUAAUUGGCAACAUGCAAUGGCCUUGUUCACCAGUUUUAUAGUGGUGUCUGUUUACACCAUAAACAGUGGGUGUGUUAUUGAAGUCACAUUGGAAUUUGUUUAUAUUUUCUUUUAUUCACCUAUUGCAUCAUCUAAUUUCUAAUUGCCUCAAAGGCUAAGCUGCCAUGAAGAAGUGGGUAUUGAGCUGCAAAUCUGCAUUAAGGGUAUUUCUUGAACAAUUUUCUUUGUUGUUUUUUUUGUGCUGAUAUCGCAUUCACCCUCAGACACCAUGUCAGUCUAACUUGCUGACAUUUUAUUGCCAGCCACUGUUUCUGUUACAUUGCUUUUAGGAUUGCCUCAGUGUGGUGAGUUGUAGAUGUAAUUUCCCACAUGUAUGGGAAAUUGCCUUUAUAAUUGUGUAGUAUCUUGGGUAGAAGCCAAGGUGAGUCUGCAAAGGGGAAAACCAUGACAGAAUUAACCUACCUCUGCUCUAGGCUGUAUAGUGUCCUUGCAGCUACUUUGAAUGCUAAGAUAGUCUUGCCUCCUAACUUUAUUUGCUCACCGUUGUCUCCAUUUUCAAGUUUCAGUGGGAGGACAGGUAACAACAUUGAACUCCAGCUCUUGGUAAUGUAGUGGCUGUAUUUAGGAUUAAAGAUGAACUUGAGGCAUGUGUGUACAAUUCCCUCACUGUAAUGUAUUGUGUCUUUUAAAGUGAGACAGUUUGUGGGGGAGAAAUUGUGUUCUUGUUUCAUUCACCUUAUUGUUUAAAUGUAACAAACUGCUGAUUAUAAAGGAUGCAGGAGCUUUUGUAAGAUUUAGUCAAGAGCAGUAAAAAGCAGAAGUUGCAUCUUUUCAGACUGAAUGGCAGCGAAUGCAAGCCAUCAGUUAAAGAAUUUGCUCCAGGAUCUGGGAGCUAGUGACUGAAGAUUGUAGUUUUCAAAUUAGAACUCAUGGUCAUCUUGAAUUUUGAUGGAUGAGGUUUUGAUUACUAAUAUGUAUUUGUGUAACCAUCCAUAUAUUAUCUAGGGUGUAGAGGAACUGCAUCCCAAGUCUGAUCAUUACACAGUAGAGAAGAAUAUCCAGUCAAUAAAUGUAGUGGUUCACACAGCCCCUUCAGCUGUCUUUGUUGUGUGAUGGUUUGGAGCUUGCUGCAACCAAUGCAUCUUUAGAAUCCACAAUAUUUUAUGUAAUGUGACAUAGUCAAGAGGCCCAGGUGAUUUUUAUACUGAUUUGGUUUCUUUACGGAUGCCAGAUCCUUUCAAAAUGCAGCAGUUCAGUAAUUGUAAAGUGUUGAUAGUUUCCCCUGAAGCCACAGAAUCCUCUGCAGUCCUUGAGGCCACAGGGAAGCCACUCUGGAGAAAUAUGAGCUCGUCACAGCUCAGAGUGCUGCAAGUUGUUGAAAACCUAUGGCUUCAUUAAUUAUACGCAGUAGUGCCCUGCUGCCCAAGGUGAAAAAAUACGUUGAAGGCAGUAAUGGGGCUUGCACAGAUUUGCACAGAUGUAAUCCCUUUGCCAGACCUGCUGCUUGAUUUAUUUUCUACAGAUUUUAGGAAAUAUAGGAAUGAACUAAAAUGCUGCUCAGAUUUGAAUCCAGUAAAUAUAGCUGGUGUGCAAACUUACUUUUUGAUGUGUUACAGGUUUAUGAUAAGGCUUUUGGUGGUAUGGGUAUAUAUCUGGUGAAUACAUUCUCAGUUCAUUGAAUUUAUGCCCUGCUUUGAUAAGGUCUGUGGUGCCCAUGUGUUUGAAUCUUUCUGCAGGUAAAACCACAGCUUUGGUGCUAUUUAUGUUGGCCUCUUCGCUGAUGAGAUUGAUUCCGAAAAUCCUUGUGUUAAUAGUAAAUUCUAUGCAAUGUUUUUAUCCCAAAACAUGGUUGUUCAGAUUAGUAUGACUUAUCCCUCUUCUGGUUCUUAAAAUGUUUGGGAUCCAUCCCUUUUUAUGCAGUUAUCGUGUAGGUUGUGUAUCUACUGCCUCUUUAAGCUUGAUGUGGCUCCAGGAUUAUGAGCCUGGUGAAAGGUGUUUUGAACCAGGUAACUAUCUGUGAUAGCAUAACUAAAAUGAUGCAAUAUGGCAGAUGGCAAACCAUCUGUUCUCACUUAUGGGACUUGAUGGGGUGGCUCUUUGCUGGGGUUUAGGAUUUUCUCCACUGGUGGCCAAAGCAUUAUUUGUUAGUUUUGUCCAGCACAAACAGUAGGAAGCCCACUAGUACUAUGUGAAUAAGUUGUUUUCACCUGUUAUGAAUGAGCAUGUAUCCCUUUCUAAUUAACUGUAUUCUGCCAAUCCGUGCCUAUAAAGAAGAGGUCCAAGCCAUUUUGGACCCAUUCAUUCUGCAGUUGUAGUCUGAUUCAAAGACUCAUGUAAUUCUUGCCAUGUUUCAGAUGCCAGAUUGUAUAGUUACCAAUACUGUAUGUGCAGUUUGUGUUUGCACAUCCUGGCCUGAUUUCAAUAUGUAUGUCCUUGGUCAAUCACCUAAUUAUGCUUAUAGAUUGCUCAACUUUUGACCCACCCCCCUGGCCUUCAGCUGUUGGCAGUGCAUCGGAUAAUUUCAUAAACUCAGCUCUUGUGAAACUGAACAUCAAUACAAAUCUACACAGUAAACUCCAAAUGCAAAAAUACCACUCAAAACUUGAAUUUGACUACUAAUAAUCUCCUCCCAAUAUUCUGUCCAUUGCUGUAUUUAGAGAACUUGAGGGUAACAUUAACUUUCCUUUGCAGAUUUCCAUCAUUGCCAGCAGGAAGUAUUUUCACCAAUGUAAGAGUUUAUCUAUUUCUCAAAUUUGAAGUGGCACAUUUAACUUCAUGAGCUUUCUCCAUGUCACUUUUCCACUAUUUCAAUUUUAUACCCAUUGUAAUUUUUUUUUAAAUGAUGAAAUAGUGAAUAAGUUCUAUUUUCAAUAUCAUGCUUGCAGGUUAGUGCUAUUUCCAAUACCUCACCUUCACACGAGCACUUUUUUUAACAACAUAUAUUUACUCUCCAUUUCCCAAAUCAGGAUUAUACUUUUCUGUGACCGCUGCCCCUCGAUGGCCUAGUAUUUCACACGGGAUUGUUAUACUCAACAGACUUAGAGAAUUGUUCUGUUAAUCUGUUAUAUAAUAACCUUAACAUAAUUUAGGAUCGUGACUGAUUUAGAGAAGGAACCCUAAUUAAAAGAAACACGAGUACGCACAAUGUUUUCAGUGCUUCUUAAAAGACUUGGUAUUCAAUUAAAUACUUUUGAAAUUCAUUCACUUAAUAGACAAAUGAAAACAAUUAGCAUAAACUUCUACAAUGUUAUAAAUGAGACAAAUGACAUGUACUUUAUAUUUUCUCUCUUAGCACUCUAUUAAGGGAAUAAUCUAGGUUAUGGUGUGCUUUAUUCAACACAUCAAUAAAUUUGGAAUGCUUUUUAAAGAAAUGCUGCAUAUGCCUGCAUUUCAAAUGAGUUUAUGCAGUGGUAGAAUGAUAAAGUUCAGAAAAAGGUCAUGGGAAUUUAACCUUUGAACUUGUGAAACAGGGGAGUGACCUAUAGUAGCAAAAUCUCUUAUUUUUAACUGGUAUGAACAGAUGGGUUUACUUUUAGUUUCAGUUAUCUGCAUAGUUUCUGAGGCUUAUGCAGUGGAUAUUAUAUCUGUAGUUUUUUUUCCCCCUUCUGAAAUGCCGCUGCUGCUUUGAAUACUUCAGGAAUUUUUAACUGGUAUUGGAUAAAUUGCUCUGGUUUACAUGCAACAUGUCUGUACACAUCAGAUGAAAAACAUUUGAAAAGGCAUAAUCUCUGAUUUCUGGAUAGCGCAGAUUUUCUUGAGGUUAAUUGACUUACUAUUUCUUUAUACUCUGUUUAAAAGUGCAAACAAAUUUGGAUUUUUUUUCAAAAAUCUAAAUAUACAUUUUAUACUAAUGAAAAAUAACAAAAAUAUCCCAUGACUGGUGCAUUUCACCAACUAUUAGGUAAUUUAGCACUGACAGGCAUGUCUGAUACAAAACAUAGACACAAGCAUGCGUGGCCAGUAUUGUAGAUCUUGCACUGGAUCUUCAAGUGCAACAUCACCAAUGACUUUCUCUUUAUUAUUUUGUCUGCAAAUCAUCUGUUUGAUUUUUAAUCAUUUGUAAAUGAUUCAUUAUUGUGUCAUGGAGUUGUACUGUGUAGAAACAGGCUCUUCUGCUGACUGGGUCUAUGUGGAUCAUCAUGCCUGUCUAUACAAAUCCCACAAUUUCUUAGCCCUCUGUGCCUUGCUCAUUCAAGUAUUUGUCCAGAUACCUCUUAAAUUUUACUGUUAUGACUGCUCAUUCCAUAUUCUAGUUGCUCUUUAUGUUAAGUCUCAUCUAAACCUAUGCCUUCUGGUUUUAGAGAUCCCUACCAUAAAAAACAGAUUCUGUCUUUCUUAUCCAUGCCUCUCAUACUGCUCAGUCUCCUUUGCUCCAGUGAAAAGAGACACAGCCCACCCACUCUCUCCUCAAAACUUAAAUCCUCCAAUCCGGGCAACAUCCUUUUGUAACUUCUCUGUACCCUCUCUAGUUUAAUGACUACUUUCCUGUAGUAUGGUAAACAGAAUGGCACACAAUGCUCCAAGUAUAACCUUUGUGCAGCUGUAACACGCAACUCUUGCACUUAGUGCUUCAACUGUUGAAGGCAAGCAUGCCAUAAGCCUCCUUCACCACCUUGUCAAACUGUGUUGCUGCUUCCAGUGAACCAAGAACACUUGCCCAGGACCCUACCUCUCACUAAAGUAUGUCCUGCCCUGGUUUAACUUCCAAAAUGCAUAACUGAGUUCAUUCCCAUCUACCAUUCCUUGGUCCACCUGCCUAGUCAAUCUAUAUCCCAUUGGAACCUCCUUCAUUGUCUACUCUACCAUCAAUUUUGGUGUCACCUGAAAUCUUGCUCACCAAAUAUAUCUUUGUCCUAAUCUUUAAUAUUUAUGAUAACCAACAGAGUCCCAGCACUUUUCAGACAUUCUGUGAAAAACAACACUCCACUGUUUCCCUACCUCCAAGCCAAUUCUCUAUCCAUUUGGCUAGCUUGCUCUGGAUCCCAUGUGUCCUAACUUUCUGGACCAGUCUACAAAGCUGGACCUUGACAAAGGCCUUGCUAAAGUGCGUGUAUCAAAUAUCUACCCCUCUAUCCUUGCCAGUCCUCUUGGAAGUAAGAAAUGAUCUGUCUUCCCCUCUUCCCACCUUAACAACCCCUUCAUACACAACACAUUCUUGAACCCAACGUAUCUUUAUUUGUCCUAAAUUUUUUUAAUGUUCAAAGCACAAUCGAUUUAAAAAUUUCAAGUCAAGCUUUAUCAGUGGAAAAAUAAAGUUUAAGAGCAGUUUGGAGAAAUUUCAACUAUUUCAACAAUUUAAUGUGAGUGGUAGAAUUUUGUAAAACCUGCAUUUGUUCUUAAAUUACUGUUGUGAUGAUUGCAUGUAAUUGAAUCAGCUUUGGUAAGCUGUGCUAAAUUGGGUUUCUCCCCGUCAGUACAAUUUCUAUUUGUAUCAGAAACUUUUUAUUAUACAGUGGUCUUGUGUGAAAUCUGCAUAGCAUUUCCACACAAAUGCAACAGUACUUUGCAUAUUGAGUUAAUCAGGUGUGUUCCUGAGUCCACGAUUUGGAGUGUAAUGGAAGUUUUGUAAAAAAUGAACCAAUUUGUAAUUAAAAAGAUGUUGCUUAAAGAAAGAUUGGAAUUAUUAUUGCUGCUGAGCAAAGUACUGCCCAGACUGGGUAGUCCUAAUACUCCAUGUAUUUGAGUUCUCAUCAAGGAAGGUCCCAGGUUAAUUUGCUGAUUUGUUUUGUUUCAACUGAUCUUGGCCAGAUUAGUUAUAGGAGUGAAUGGCGCUGUCCUAGUAGGAAAUAUAAAUUAUUGUUCUUCAGAUAGAAAGUGCAUGUUUAUAGAAGUUGGGAUGUCCUUUGUGAUUAUAUCGCCUUCCAACAUACCAAAGUAACUUACAUAUGAUGAUUGACAAUUUUGGUAACAUGCUGGAGCAGGGGUUCCCAAUUUGGGGUCAACAGACCCCUUGCUUUAUGGUAUUGAUCCAUGGCAUAAAAAAAGGUUGAGGAACCUCUGCACUAAAGGAUACCCGGCUCGUCUGGAACCUGUUCCCCAGUGAGGGUAGCAAUUGGAAAAAGGAGGGAAGUGGGCUGAGCACAGUGCAAUUGAAUGGAAAAACAUAAUUAGUUGAACAUAUGUCAUCUAUAUGCCAUAGUUAAGGUGGAAUAGUGUAGAUAUAAUGGUGAUGACCCACUGUUAAUUAAACUUGGAUGGGACCCCUUAUUUUCAACAUUGAUUAUAUUUACACAAAGCUACUCUCUUUCACUAAUAGAGUAGAAUAAUAAGCUUGGUCAUGUCCUAAAGCUACCUCACCAAUGACUAUACAGCAUAUUGUGUAACAUUUGUGCUGAAGGCUAAAAAAUGUCAAAACUUUAAAUGUCAGGUUUUACUUAAACUGCUGCUAAGAGCAUAUUUUUUGUUAGUUUCAUUUCCAGCUAUAUAAAGCAGAUUGUUUGAUUUUCACCUAAGAUUUAUUGAAUUGAUAGUCAUUUUCAACAGUGGUCAAAGUAGUUUUAUCUCCAUUUUUUGACAAAGCUGUUUCUAAAGUGAGGCUCAUUUGAAAGUUCAUGAAGUUAAUGAAAAAUAUGGUCAUGCUAGAUGUCCCUGUGAAAGAAACUAUACAUCUGAUUUUUUUCAGGUGUUUUCCACAAACCAUUUAACAUUGGUUCAUGUCCAGAGUGAUCUGAUACCUUAUAACAUUAAUAUUUUGCUUCUUUCUCAGGCUGUAAAACAGACUUAGUACUACAUUGUUGGAAGUUACAGACUGAUCUAAACAAUUGCAGAAUAUACACGCAGUGUGCCUGGUAGAUUGGCUGGAAGCCAUACUCAUCAAGAAUGCAAUAAAGGGAAGUCAUGGCAAGUAACUACAGUUUCACAUACAUCAGAAGCUAAGACUAUAAGGCCUUUUUUUAAUUUGGAAGUUACCAUUUUAAGUGCCUGGCAUUAACAACUCUAAGACUUUGAAACCAGCUUACUUCUACUUAUCUAAUAUAUUGAUUUUCAGCAAGGCACCCAUCUAUUUUGAGAAAUGACAGAGACUGCAACAACUAAUGCAAAAUCAUGGAACCUUCAAUUAUGUUUCUUGUCAUAUUUAAUGCCAUGCAGCUAUGGGCAUUGGGGAUUGUAGAAGGAUGAAUGUUUACUGGACAGAUGAGCUCAGGCUGGGCCAGUUGUGUACUCCCGUCACUAACUGUUAACAAUUUCAAUCACUUUUUUUCAUAGUGCAAGAUUACUGAAUGCAGUGACCACAUAGGCACCUAAGUAUAUGUUGAACAGCAGCAGGAACUUUACCUCAAGUAGGUCUCAAUGGACACAGUUUCUUCAAUUUCAGAAAACUGGUAAAUUUACGUUUUGCUGCUGAACUGAAGGUAGACUCCUUCGUUUGUUUAAAGUAGGACAAAUAUCUGCUGCCUUACCUGAUCCCAUUAGGAGACUGAUCAAUGCAGAUUUCUAUUUUAAAGCUACGAAUAGUGCUAACUCUGCUGCUAUUUAUAAAAAUUUAUUUGGUAGUUAAUUACAUACUGGUUUUGAAAGUUGCCUCACUGACUCUGAAGGAUGCGUGAGGAAAAUUACAAUAAUUCAACACAUCAUUAAAAGAGCUGGAAAUCUGAAACAACUAGACCUACUAUUUGCAAGUUACCAGCAUUUGCUUGAAAAAAAAACAAGACGUUUGUGU